AUGGGGAAACCCCGAAUGAUUAUCCUCGUUCGCCAUGCGCAGUCCGAGGGAAACAAAAACCGUGAUAUCCAUCAGACAACUCCCGACCACCGAGUCAAACUCACUCCCGAGGGGCACCGCCAGGCACAGGAAGCAGGCCGGCGGCUGCGUGAUCUCCUACGUCCCGAUGAUACCCUUCACUUCUUUACAUCUCCAUACCGCCGAACCAGAGAGACUACCGAAGGUAUUCUGGAAUCCUUGACCGCAGACACGCCCUCCCCGUCUCCAUUUCCCCGACACACUAUCAAGGUCUACGAGGAGCCCCGGCUGCGAGAACAAGAUUUUGGGAACUUCCAACCAUGCUCGACGGAAAUGGAACGUAUGUGGAUGGAGCGUGCAGACUACGGCCACUUCUUCUACCGUAUUCCGAAUGGCGAGUCCGCUGCAGAUGCGUAUGACCGAGUGAGUGGGUUCAAUGAAUCCCUGUGGCGACUGUUUGGCGAGGAGGACUUUGCCAAUGUUUGCGUCUUGGUCACCCAUGGUCUCAUGACCCGCGUCUUUCUAAUGAAGUGGUAUCACUGGAGCGUGGAGUACUUCGAGGACCUGCGCAAUAUCAACCACUGCGAGUUCGUGAUCAUGACCCACAACCCAGACAACAACAAGUAUACUCUGCAGAACAAACUGCGUACCUGGUCCGACUUGAAGAAAGAAAGAGAUCAAGAGAAAUACCAGGAGCGAGAAGCAAAGGGACUCGACCCUACUGCUAUCACGCCCACCGAUCAUGUUCCUAUUCGAAGAAAAUGGGGCGGCUGUCCAGAUGGAUGUACUCAUGGACUGUCUUCUGGGGCUAAACAAUCCCUACGAGCACAGCUAUUGAGCUCCAUCCGCAAUGAAACCAGUGUUGGCCAAAACAGACAAGUGGAGGACAAUUCUCGCAACACUGACAAGACUGACCAGCCCUCAUCAGGCUCGCUCACAUCACCGGCGAAACAGAACAAAAGCUUCGAUAGCUCUUUCACUUUCCCUCAAAAUAAUGGGUCUCACCACGAUACUUCCAACCCCGGUCAGCCUGGUGAAGACGAAACCGCCGAUAAUAACAAACCUCGCCACCCCAACACCGAAACCAAGGCCAAUGGCUCUUCUCGGCCAACGAGGCCAACUCUUUACGGCUUCAAUCGUGACAGUGAAGACUAUCUCCUCCACCCACCCGCUACAUCAUCGUCGACAGCCUGUCUGAAGCUGGCCCUUCUCCACCUCGGCGGGCGUGAUGGAGGCGGCUCCAUGAGCGGCGCGAACAGCCUCGCCCCAUCGGAUGAUGAAGGCUCCGAUACUGAGCAUCACGCCCCACGGGGAGCUAUUCAUAGACCGGCACAUUCCCAUUUGAACCCUCGGUCAGCAGCACAAACAUCCCAAGACCUCUCCGAUGACGGGGAUGAUGAACUCAGCGCCAAUCCAACAGAAGAUACAAGAAAAUCCCGUCCGCAUGUACACCAUCAUCAUCACCAUCAUCAUCCGCAUUCACAUCCGCAUUCUCAUAUACAUGUCCAUCACACGCACCGCCGACAAACCUCAUCAACGGCCUCCCAGCCACAAUAUCGAAUGGCCAAUAUCCUCGGCGACGGUGAUGACAUGUCCACAAACUCGCAAUCGGAGCCAUCGCUAGAAAAUGAGAUACAACAGGAUGCAUACAAGCAGCACAACGAACAGAACGAAAAGCUCUCGUUAGAGGCACAGCAGAUAGAGGAUCAGAGUAUACGGGGAAGCGUGUACUAG